GACGUCAUAUCGUAGAUAUAAACGCGAUAAAUGGCAAGGUACUUUGUUGAGCUAUGGUGUUUUGUCAUCGGAGUGUAUCUGGUUGUAUGUGUGAGUGGAAGUCCUAGCCCAGGUGUCAAAUCUCAAGAGUUUAGUCUGACGGCUGAUAGCAAGAGCAAUGGAAGAUUUAACUUUUCAAUCAGCAUUUCAUCAGCUUUAGAAACGGGAGGAAACAUUUCUGCCUAUCUUCAUGAUUUGAAUUGUUCUACAAGUUCAGCCAAUGAUGAUGUGAAAAUAAAAUUUAACUGGACGCUGGCAAUAGUGAGAACAAGUUGUGCUCUGGAGAUGAGUCCUAAGGAAGAAGAUACGACAAGAGAAGAGUCGCUAUCGACAUCAGGUCCAAAGUCAUGUUCUUGCAAACCUGACGGUUAUCUUAAUUUGGAGAACUUAGUAGUUGUAUUUAAAUCGGCUGCUCCAAAAAAAUCAGGACUUACAGCUGAAGCACAGCAAAGCAAGGACAACAAUGUUGAUAUUACAUCUGCUAACACAGAAACUGGCAGUAAUGUUGAAAGUGAUAAAGAAAGAAAUGUACAUAAACGAGCUAUACCCGAGAGUCAUGGUGAUCCUGUUAGCAAUGAUCAAAAUUCUGGUUCUACUAACAAGAAGACGACUCAUGUGAUAUGUCCUGCGAACAAAACACGUAUUUACGUCAUGCAGUGGAAUAUAAGCUUUAGUUUUGUGGCAGUUAAAGAGUCUACAACAUUUUCUGGCAAAAUGGUUGUAGAAAUGAAGAAUACCAAUGGAUAUCUAUCAUCUUUGGACUACCCCUUGUGGCAGCUAUAUGCAGGCUUGGUUGGUAUUUAUUCAUUCUAUGCUCUGCUGUGGCUCAUCAUGAUGGCUAUGAACUGGACGGAUUUGAUCAGAAUUCAGUACUGGAUUGGUGCUGUAAUUGCUCUAGGCAUGGUGGAGAAAUGUGUAUAUUUUAGUGCAUUUAAUGACAUGAAAGACUCAGGCAAAUUGAAUGACAAUCAAUACGUCUUUGCUCAGUUGGUGUCGUGUCUGAAACGAACCCUGGCGAGAAUCCUUGUUAUAGUAGUCAGUACAGGAUUUGGCAUAGUGAAACCUCGUCUUGGACCUAUGUUGAACAAACUUGCAGCUGUUGGUUUAGUGUAUUUUUCUCUGUGUGCACUUGCAGGCUACUUUGAUGCAAAAACGGAGAAAGUGGGUGAUGAAAACAAUGAAAUUAUAGUAGGCAUUCCUAUUAUAGUUAUCGAUGCUGGUAUUUGUUAUUGGAUUGCUCUAUCUCUCACAGGUACCAUGAGAGCUCUCAGAGUACGUCAGAAUUUGGUGAAGCUGUCUCUUUAUAGGCACUUUACCGUUGCUAUUCUUGGUAGUAUUGCAGUUUCCAUUGUUUUCCUUGUGUGGAGUCUUUAUGUCUUCAAUUCAGGAAAAUGCGUCACGGACUGGCAUGAGAUUUGGUUAAAGGAAGGAUUUUGGCAUAUCUUGUUCUGCUUUUUGCUUCUUAUCAUUAUGGUUAUUUGGAGACCUAGCAACAACGCAGCCAGAUAUGCUUACUCACCGGUGAUUGAUGUUGACACUGAGGAGAUGGAGCAAUUACCAUCUGAUGCAUAUGAGGGCAUGAGGCUUCGUGACAUGAAUCCUGGUGAAGAGAAAGAUAAGCAACGGAAGUCAACUACAGCUGAGGAUGACUUGAAAUGGGUUGAAGAACAUAUUCCCAGUGGAGUAGAUGCGGCACUGCCUAGUCUAUUGGAUUCUGAUGAGGAACUGAUGACAACAAAGUUUGAAAUGUCUAAGUUGGACUAAUGACUCGUAACUAAAUCAAUGCAUUAGUGGUAUUGUAGACACUUGGAAAUGAAUGGGAUGCUCGUGCUUUAUAAUACAGGUGUUUGAAGCAGGAUGAA